UACAGACAAAGAUGGCGUCUAUUUCUUUGUCAAUCUGAAGAUUCUUCUGCAAUUAUCUGUUAAAUUAAUAUUUUACGGGUGUUGCAGCUCUUGAAAGUACAAUAUUAUCCUGUCAGGAUGAAGGUGGUUAAUUUGAAACAAGCGAUACUGCAGGCUUGGAAGGAGCGCUGGAGUGACUACCAGUGGGCCAUAAACAUUAAAAAAAACUUUCCAAAAGGCGCCACAUGGGACUAUCUCAAUCUUGCAGAAGCUCUUAUGGAGCAAGCAAUGAUAGGCCCCUCUCCCAACCCACUUAUCCUGUCUUACCUCAAGUACGCCAUCAGCUCUCAGAUGGUGUCUUAUUCAACUGUCCUCACAGCCAUCAGCAAGUUUGACGACUUCUCUCGAGAACUCUGCGUCAAGUCUCUGCUCGAGAUCAUGGACAUGUUCUGCCAUCGCCUCAGCUGCCACGGAAAAGCCGAAGAGUGUAUUGGGCUGUGCCGGGCCCUGCUGGGUGUGGUGGUGUGGCUGCUGCAGGGCUGUGCCUUCUACUGUGAGAGGCUGAGGGAUCUGGGGCCAUCCGCCAGCACAGAGGCCAGUCUGAGAGCCUGUGAGGAGAGGCUGGCCAAUCUGAUGGCUAGUACCAAGAACAGGGCCCUCAUUCACAUCGCCCGUCUGGAGGAACAAGCCUCUUGGACCAAUGUGGAGCAAGCAGUGGUCCGAGUCACAGACAGCCUCAGUAGUCUGACCAAUCAGACACUGAGAACCAAGCUGGAGGAGUGUGUGUCAUUGGUGAAAAGUAUUCCUCAGAUGCUGUCAGUACAAAGCAACCCUCCACUCCACACGUCCUUCCCAUCUGUCCAUGCCUUCGUCAUGUUGGAAGGCACCAUGAACCUCACAGGGGAGAUCCAGCCAUUGGUGGAGCAGCUGAUGAUGAUCAAAAGAAUGCAGCGUAUCCCUGCUCCUCUGUUUGUGUUGGAGAUCUGGAAGGCCUGCUUCACUGGCCUCAUCGAGUCUCCAGAGGGCACCGAGGAGCUCAAAUGGACAGCCUUUACGUUCCUCAAGAUCCCUCAGGUUCUCCUCAGACUGAAGAAGUACCCUCAAGGGGACAAGGGACAGGACUUCAUGGAGGAUGUAAACAUUGCCUUUGAGUACCUGCUGAAACUCACUCCUCUGCUGGACAAGGCUGACCAGCGAUGCAAUUGUGACUGUCUCAAUAUGCUGCUGCAGGAGUGCAAUAAGCUUGGUCUGCUGUCAGACUCCAACACAACCAACCUCACCUCUAAACGGGCUGAGGAUAGGGAGUACUUCCCAAGGCUGAAGACAGCUGAAAACGCCAACAUCCAGCCCAACCCAGGCCUCAUCCUUCGAGCCGAGCCUACCGUCACCAACAUCCUCAAGACGGUGGAUGCAGACCAUUCCAAGUCUCCUGAGGGUCUGCUGGGGGUUCUGGGACACAUGCUGUCCGGGAAGAGUCUGGACCUCCUGCUUGCGGCGGCUGCUGCUACAGGGAAACUCAAGUCGUUCGCAAGAAAAUUCAUUAAGCUAAAUGAAUUUCCCAAGCACAUUAGUGGAGAAGGAUCCAAAUCUGCUUCGGUCCGAGCUCUUCUGUUUGACAUCUCCUUCCUCAUGCUCUGUCACGUGGUACAGACCUACGGCUCAGAGGUGAUCUUGUCCGAGCCGAGCCCCUCCGGGGAGACCCCGUUCUUUGAGACGUGGCUGCAGACGUGCAUGCCAGAGGAGGGCAAGACUCUGAACCCUGACCAUCCCUGCUUCAGGCCAGAGUCUGGCAAGGUGGAGAGCCUGGUGGCCCUGCUUAACAACUCCUCUGAGAUGAAGCUAGUUCAGAUGAAGUGGCAUGAGAUUUGCCUCAGCACGCCUGCCGCUAUUUUAGAAGUUCUGAACGCAUGGGAAAACGGAGUGCUUUCAGUAGAGGCGGUGCAGAAGAUCACAGACAACAUCAAGGGGAAGGUGUGCAGCAUGGCUAUCUGUGCUGUGGCCUGGCUGGUGGCCCAUGUUAGGAUGCUGGGGCUGGAUGAGAGGGAGAAGCCUCAGACCAUGAUCCGCCAGCUCAUGAACCCCCUGUAUGGGGAAAACACUCUGCAGUUCUACAACGAACGAGUGGUGAUCAUGAGCUCCAUCCUGGAGCACAUGUGUGCUGACGUCUUCCAGCAGACGGGCCUGGCCCUGAGGCCCCCCAUUGAGGGCCAGGAACCCAUCCCCUACCGGAACCUGCUGCCGGCCAAGGAGCCCAUCCACGAGGCCCUCAGCAAGCAGUUCCGCACCGUGCUGUGGAAGGGCUGGGUGGACAGCCGGGCGCUGCACCUGUUUGAGAGCUUGCUGCACAUGGGAGGUGUUUUCUGGUUCACCAACAACCUGGUCAAGGAACUUCUGAAGGAGACUCGGCAGGAGUGGGCUAACCGUGUGGUGGAACUUCUCUACAGUAUCUUCUGCUUGGACACCCAGCAGAUUACCCUUACUCUGCUGGGCCACAUCCUGCCAAACCUGCUCACAGACUCUGCCCACUGGCACAGCCUGGCGGACCCACCUGGCAAAGCUUUAGCCAAGCUCUCAGUGUGGUGUGCCCUCAGCUCGUACUCCUCCAGCCACAAAGGACAGGCCUCUGCCAGGCAACGCAAGAGGCAGAGGGAGGACAUUGAGGACUACAGCAGCCUGUAUCCUCUGGAUGACACGCAGCCCUCCAAACUGAUGCGUCUCCUCAGCUCCAAUGAGGACGAGCCGGUGGUCCUCUCCAGUCCAGGUGACCGCUCCAUGAGCAGCUCCCUGUCCGCCUCCCAGCUGCACACCGUCAACAUGAGGGACCCUCUCAACCGUGUCCUAGCCAAUCUGUUCCUGCUUAUCUCCUCCAUCCUGGGCUCCAAGACCGCAGGACCACACACCCAGUUCGUCCAGAGCUUCAUGGAGGAGUGUGUGGAGUGCCUGGAGCAGGGAAGUCGCGGCAGCAUCCUACAGUUCAUGCCUUUUACCAUGGUAUCAGAGCUAGUAAAGCUGCCUGCUCUGGCCAAGCCCAAGGUGGUUCUGGCCAUCACAGACCUGACCCUGCCUCUAGGGAGAAGAGUAGCUGCCAAGGCUAUCUCUGCCCUCUAGGACCCGUCUCCACCAUGCCUCCCAGAUGAACACUGACAUACAUUCACCUGCCAUUUCAAUGGAGCAGGUGCAUUCUUUUUUUCAAAAAACGUGUUUGUUGUAGUCUUUUAGGUUAUUACUAUGUUUGUGAAACCAAUUCAAUUAUUUUUCAGUUAUGAGUCUGUUAAAACAAAAGUAAACAAUGUAAACAGCCUUUUUUGUAAUAAAGCAAAACCAUGAGGAAAGUCUA